UGGUGAAGACACUUGACUCAAAGUCGUUCACACCCGCCGUGGGCGGGCUUCGAGCACCAAUCGAUAAUUAACUUGUAGAAUCCAUUGUUGGUUUAUCUUGAAAUCACAUGAAUCUUGAUCCUUGUCUGUGACAUAAGUGUCAUUCAUGACGCCCAAUUCACCCCUUUCUUCGCUUCAGCCUACAGAUGGCAGAAGAGCGUCGAAAGACGCCGUAAGGCCUUCCGGAUCCUCGACGUUUCCUGCGGAGCCUCAGCCGAGCCUCGUCGGGUGACACCGGCAGUGUUUUGUAGUGACGUUCUGUAAACUGGAGUUCGGGGGGGAUCUAAGUUUACAGUUCCUGAAGCGCAAUGGAGGCUCCCCCUGUCACCGUGAUGCCCGUGACCGGCGGCACCAUCAACAUGAUGGAGUAUUUGUUACAAGGAAGUGUGUUGGACCAGGCUCUGGAAAGCCUCUUGCAUCGCCUGCGAGGCCUGUGUGACAACAUGGAACCCGCCACCUUUACAGACCACGAGCUGGUAUACCUGCUGAAAGGCCAACAAGGUAACCCCUUCAUCCUGCGUGCCCGCCGCUCGCUCUCGCAACCCACAGCUCCGUGGCACUUGCGCUACCUGGGCCAGCCGGAAGUCGGGGACAAGAGCCGCCACGCCCUGGUGCGCAACUGCGUGGACGUGGCCGCCUCGCACAGCUUACCCGAGUUCCUCAACGAGAUGGGCUUUCGCAUGGACCACGAGUUUGUGGCCAACGGGCACAUUUUCCGCAAAGGCGCCAUGAAAGUGGUGGUCAGCAAGCUGUCGCGAAUCUUGGUCCCGGGCAACACGGACAACACAGAGCGUCUGUCGCUGUCUUACUUGGUGGAGCUGAGCGUAUUGGCGCCUGCCGGUCAGGACACCGUGUCUGAGGACAUGCGCAGUUUUGCUGAGCAGCUCAAACCUCUGGUUCACCUGGAGAAGAUUGACCCCAGCAAACAGAGACAUUGAAGGAGCCCCUUCUUCCAUGGAUGUGAAUAUUGACCCAAACAGAGACAUUGAAGGACCCCUCCAGUACUCAGGGACAUGUUACAUCUCUUGUUUAUUUUUACACAGUAUCGCCAUGUUACGUGAAAUAAAAUAAAGCUCAGCUCUGA